AUGUGGAAGUUUCUGACAGCUUUAAUGCUUUCCAGGCAUGCGAUACUGGCCAAACAAGGGUGGACAGAGCACGAAAGGCGUUUGUACAGUAAACUCGUCGAUGGUUACAGCACCCUCGCUCGACCGGUGCUCAACGAGAGUGAGCCAGUAAUAGUGCUUCUCGGUCUUGAUUUUCAGCAAAUUUUGUCUUUGGACGAAAAACAUCAGGUUCUGCAAUCUAAUGUUUGGUUGAAGAUGAGCUGGGUCGAUCAAUAUUUGACUUGGGAGCCAGCCGAAUAUGGAAACAUUCGAGAAGUGCGUUUUCCAAUGUCGGAUAUCUGGAAGCCAGAUGUAUUGCUGUACAACAGUGUCGAUGAACACUUUGACAACACUUGGCCAGUUAAUGCAGUCAUUACUUAG